UUGGACACAAUUCGUUCUGAUCAUCUGCACGAGCACCUACCUUCGAGCAGUAUACCUACGGAACACCGUCGCCGCUUUCGUCAGAUAACCGUCGAAAUAACAUUAUCAAUAUGAAGGUCUUGUGUAUUACAUUACUUUUGGUCGCUGCGGCGUUCGCUGAAACCAAGGACCAACCCAAAAAACGUAGCUACGAAUUGGGACACGCAGGAUCCGCUGCCUCUCUUGGAUACGGAUCUAACUUUGGAUACGGAUCUGGUUUUGGAUACGGAUCUGGUUUUGGAUACAAAUCUGGAUAUCAAUCGGCAUACCCAUCAUCCUAUUCGGCUUACUCAGGCGCAUACCCAGCAGUGUCAUACUCAUCUUACCCAGCCACUUCUCGUGCCUCAUACGCAGCCUUCUCUGGUGCCUAUCCGGCAUCUUACUCGGCUAACUCUGCUGCCUUCCCGGCAUCUUACUCGGCUUCUGCCUUCCCUGCAUCCUACUCGGCCAAUUCUGCUGCCUUCCCUGCAUCUUACUCAGCCAACUCUGCUGCGUUCCCAUCAUCUUACUCCGCCUACUCUGCUGCUUACCCAGCAUCUUACUCUGCUUACUCGGCUGCUUACCCAGCAUCUUACUCUACUCACUCAGCUGCCUACCCAGCAUCUUACUCAACCUACUCGGCUGCAUCUCCAGCUGCCUCUUACUACAGUGCCUCCCCGGCAUCUUACUCGGCUUACUCCGCCGCAUACCCAGCAUCUUACUCGACCUACUCAGCUGCAUCUCCAGCUUCAGUAUACGGUGCCUACCCAGCAUCAUACUCUGGUGUCAAUGCUGCUUCUUACACUGCUGCAUUACCAACAUCUUACUCUGCUGCCAUCCCCUCGUCGUACUCUGCAUACUCUGGAGCAUCUCCUUUGGCAUAUUCUGCCAACUCUGCUUCUGCUGUGCACAACGCUGAAUUCGUAUCAAGCACAGUCGCACCAAAAGCUGCAUCUUACGGUGCAACAGAGUACUUGGGAUCUCAGACUUUCAACAUCAACAAAUAGACAACGGCAAAAUAAUUAUGAAACGAAAAUAUAACAAUGCAAAUCAAUGAAUAAUGUGUGUUUACAGUAUAAAAUAAAUAAA